AUGCUUGCUUUUAUUAAUACAACAAAUAAUGAUAAUGUUCAAGUGAAAGUUAAAAUGAAGAUUAUUUAUGUACGCGGUAUAUCAAGUUCAUUAGAAGUAACAUCAUCACAAACAACACUUAACAUCAUCAGUGAUGAUAAAUGUCUUCUUGAUAUUGGUGAAAUUGGUGUAAAACUUCGUCUAAUCGAAAAAUUAAUCAGGUCAUGUAAAGAUUUAAUUAAACAAUCAACAUUCAUCGAUGUAUGCAUGGAAGCUUUUACCAAAAAUUCUGAUCAUUUUGCUGAUGCACUUAUUCAAGCUGAAAGUGAUUUAAAACAGUCGUGUACAGGUAUUUUAUCAACAAUUGAAUUAAAUCGAAACAGAACCACAAUAACUCAACGUAAAGAAGACAAAAUGAUUAAUCGAGAUCCCGGUUAUUAUGAACGCAAUCACAAGUUCACAGAAGAACAAUUGCGUUAUUUUGUUUCAGUUGGUCCAUUUCAACAUAGACUUCACAAAUUCCCAAAAAAUAAAGUUUUAGAAGCAGCUAAAACAACAUAUUGUUUGGUGAAGGACCAGGAGGUAUCAUAUUUGAGCAAAAGAUCACAAGAUGAAUACGUACAAUUAUUAGAUGUUACUAUCGAACGUCUGAUUGUUAAUGAAAUUAAUCAAUCACCAUUUAUAUCAAUUAUGAUUGAUAGUACUCCGGAUUUGUCGUAUCAAUUACCGAGUAAAAUUGGUGAAGAUAUUUCUCAAUUAUUAUUAGAUACAUUACAUCGAAAAGUAGAAGAAUUAUACAAUUUUUUUACAUCCAGUGUGAAGCGAUAUUAUUGUCUUCGAAAUAUACUUGAACAAUCGACAUUCGGUUUAACAAUUAAAUCACUAUCAGAUACAAGAUGGACUGCAAAUUAUGAGUCUCUUCACUGUGUUGUUGAAUCAUUUAGUGAAAUUAUUGAUUGUUUAGAAUCAAUUGAAUUAGUUGAAUCAAAACAAUUCGAUAAAGAAACAAAAACUCAAGCCAAAAACAUCAAAAAUAAAUUAAUGUCGUACGAAAAAUUAGCUGAUGAAUGGGCGCAAAUGAAAGAUCGAAGAGUCAAAAUCAAUCAAACAUAA